CCAUCGACGAGAACACGUCAAUAAAAACUGGACUUAGUGUGUCCACUGACAACACAGUUUCUGAGUAGUGUGCGGCAGUGUGCGCAAGUCAACCCAUACAACAAAAAAGUCAUUUUGAACGAAAAAAGACGAAGCCAUCAAAACGAGACUAGGCUAAUUUCAACUGUUUUCUUUAUAGUAUUCGCAUUAUUAAUUUAUCAUUGUUGAUUAGCUAAAGUUCUUUUGUUUUGUGAUGUUUUGGACCCCUAUACAGUUGGCAUUUUAACGAUUAAAAUUACAUUUAUUACAAGUGAUAAAGCUCACCGCAUAGCCUAACAGCAAGGUAAUUACAAAUUUAGUUAAUUGAGUGUCACUGAAUAAAUUAAACACUUAUUAAGUUAUUUUAAUUAGCAUAACAAUUAUUUUUAUAAAGGAUAGGCCGCUUAUAUAGGCUCAACUCUAACUAGUCUAACUUAAGUCUAACUAACUAAAUUAAUAGAAAAAAUAGGCUUACUGAAAUUACUAAUAAUAGUUACUUAUACUAAUAUUAAUAUUGUUACAUUAAUAAUGUAAAAUAACGUUAAAUAGUUUGGAUAGAUGGGUCUACCUGGUCAUAUUAUUGACGUAGUCGUAGUGACGUGAUUGACGUGAAUGUGAUUGUGAAGAAUAAACCUCCUAGAGGUAAACCUACCUAAUAUUAAAUUAUUAAUUGUAAUUAAUUAUACACAUAAUUACUAUAAUAAUUUUACAGGCCUAUCUAAUUUAUCUACUAUUAAUAAUCUAUAGGCCCUAAUGUAUCAGUCAUCAGACUUUAUGUGUUUUUUGUUGACCCCAAGGCUAAAUUUAUUUGAGACUCGGACCAAAAAAUUAAAGACUAAAACGUAGACGUAGUGUAAAAAAAAACUAAAUUAUCACUCAAUCAUAGCUCUUACUCUUACAUUAUCAUUAGGCUACAACGUGUGUUAGUAGUCAGUGCCAUUAAUAAAUUAACUCAUUGCUGAUUAAUCUUUAACUUUAGGCCUAAGUAAGUCUUAAUAAGUAUCUUAAUAAGUUCAGUCAGACAAUAAUCUAUUUUAUAUAAUAGGCUGAAUAGGCCUACUAAAUUCAGUGGCGAGGAGUGGGAGGCCUGUCUUCAUCGGCACUUAUUUCAGUAUAUUGAGGGGCUGCAUUUUCGCCCUGGGGAGAGUUUUUUCCAUGGAAAAGGAGGGUUGGUGGGUGGAGAUUUGACUCCGGGAUUCUAAAUCAACCCCAAGGGUGCCAGUAUCCAUGGGGUGAGGCGGGGGGGGGGGGGGGUGUCAAGGAAGACUCAGAAAUUGUUGAAGCAACAACACAAAACAAAAACUACAUUCUUAUUAGCAGCAUUAUUUAUAUAGAUGCAUUAUGUAUGUUUCUAUCAAGUUAAUUUAAGAGUAAAAUAACCAAAACUGAAGUAUUUUCAUAUUGUCAUAUUAAUUUUAUCUCAUCGCUUUAAAAUCCAGGGGGUGGGGAGGGGAGGGUACUUGAAAUGUUUUGAAAUAGAAAUGGGAUGUGGCACAGCAAAAAAAAGGUUAAAGAAUCCCUGCUAUAUAAACUUAACGCUUUUAUCACAUUCACAUCAUAAUCAUCUUGUCAAGUGCAUGUGAGUGCCAUUGUGCAUGAGAAACUCACACAGUCAGUUAUAGACUUAUAAGCCUAAGCAAUUUAGUAACGAUUUAAAUAAAUUAAUUAAAUAAAUUGAUGGCUAAUUAGUCUUAGCUUAGUCUUUUACUGAGUCUUACUAUUAGUCUAGUCAAUAAAUAGAAGUUAACACAAUAUGUUGUUAAAAUAUUUCAUGUAAAAUAUCUUAUUUUAAAAUAGUUAAGUACAUUGCGUGAAAUUUUAUUGAUAUUUUAUUUUAAUGAUUUAAUAUUUUAUCGCAUGAUUCUUGACUUACUUUAGGCUUUACAUAAAUGUGAGGAAUAUACAAGAAUUACAAGAAACACCACCAUACCAUUCAAUGAUAUAGACCUAGUAUGUUCUAUGUAUAGGCUAAUUUAAAUUUGUUAAAGUAAAUGAAUUAGCCUACUACUUGCUGAAGCUGCGAAGAGUUUUUAUUUUAAAAAGUCAACCCAAAAAAAAAAGAGACUCAAAGUGAGAUCAAGAAAAUAAAUACUGCCAUCACCAAGAUGGAGUAUGAGAAAGUUGGACUUCUCCAUGAACAGUUUGUCAGACAAGCUAAAGCUACACCUGAUGCCAUAGCUGUGGUCAGUCCAGAUGGUGAGUUGAAUUUCUUUUUCCAAUUAGUUUUUGAUGCAUCAUUUGAGAAUUUUUUUUACAAGUUUUUAAAUUAUGAUAUAUUGGGAAUUAUUCAGCAUUAUGCAUUUUUAAGUUCACCCUUACAUCACAUCCCCAAUCCCCAACUUCUCUUACUUUGUCUGAAAAUAGCAUUAAAAGACUUUUUAUGGUUGAAUGCAUGCCAAUAUCAUUAAAAGACUUUUUAUGGUUAAAUGCAUGCCAAUAGCUUUAAAAGACAUUGUACAGUUGAAUGCAUGCCAAUAUCAUUAGAAGACUUUUUAUGGUUGAAUGAAUGCCAAUAGCAUUAAAAGACUUUUUAUGGUUGAAUGCAUGCCGAUUGCUUUAAAAUACAUUGUAUGGUUGAAUGCAUGCCAAUAUCAUUAAAAGACUUUUUAUGGUUGAAUGCAUGCCAAUAGCUUUAAAAGACAUUGUACGAUUGAAUGCAUGCCAAUAUCAUUAAAAGACUUUUUAUGGUUGAAUGCAUGCCAAUAGCUUUAAAAGACAUUGUACGAUUGAAUGCAUGCCAAUAUCAUUAAAAUACUUUUUAUGGUUGAAUGCAUGGCAAUGGUGUUAAAAGAUUUUGUACAGUUGAAUGCAUGUUGAUAGCAUUAAAAUACAAUGUUUGGUUUGAUUGAGUGCGUGCCAUAUCUUUUUGUAUUCUAUUACAAACGAAUUACAAGUUAUCCUAUAACUUACAAUUUCAGAAAAUGCAAGUGUCACAUUUGGGCAGUUGGAUAAAUGGACAGACACACUGUCCAUCACACUGCAGGAGCUGGGUGUCCAAGCAGAAACGUCAGUUGGAAUAUACUUGGAGAAAAGUGUUGAUUUUGUGGCUGCUUACAUUGCUAUACUCAAAGCAGGUAUGAAACUGAUCAUCAUAAAAGCUUUCAAAACUAGCUCAGCCAAUUUGUCCUUCACUUAAAUCACCAACAGUGAAAUAUAUUGUAAAAAUUCACUUUGUUUGAGCUUAAAAAAUGAAAUCACAAAUAUCGUAAUUAGAAUAUGUAUAAAUGGCUGAUAAAAGGCCUUUUGAUCCAUUCUGUUAUUUAUUUUAUGUAUCUUCAUGAAUUUUUUUCCUGUAACAGGUGCUGGCUAUCUUCCCCUCGACACUUCAUACCCUACCCCUAUGCUAGAGUCUGUACUACAGGACGCUGAACCUAUCAUUGUUAUAGCAAGUACAGACUUGGCACCCAAGAUUGACACCUAUCCAUGUAAGAUAAUUUUGUUAAUGAUUCUCCUUUAACAAUGUGAUAAUGUGAUCAUGAAGUAAUGCCCACUAUUUUGUAAUGACUAGUAAAAAUGACCCAACUAAUAUGUCUCCAUCUGCAAAUAAGACUUUUUAAGGAAGAGUAUUUUCUUAAUUUAAAAGUAUAAAUAACUGAUCUAAUUGCUAGGGGUAGCAAUUUUUACUAAGGUAAAGUCAGUUUUUUCUGUUAAAAUUUUUUUUUUAGGAUUAAUGACAACUAUUGGAACAAAUUUUUUUUUAGCCAAGCAGGUCCUUGUCUUGGAAGAGGGAUGGCAGAUCAAGUUUAAACAAGAAAAUGAUGAGAAAAAUGCCACUUUAAAAGACCCAAAAACCAAUCUGGAUAGUUUGGCCUACACUGUGUACUCCUCUGGAACAACUGGCAAACCCAAAGGUACAUUUAAUAUUUUGGCAUUGUGCAUUAUAAUUAUUUAAACAGUACAUUUAACUAGAUGGGAUACUAAAAAAAAAUAAAAGAUGUUUAUAUUUUUAUAUUUUAAAAUAUUGACUAAAUUUAUAUUUAAUUAAAGAAACAUUGUUCUUUGAUUACCCAUUUAGCUAUAUUUGCAGAAUUGACAUUUUUUAAAACAAGUGACAAUUUUUGUUUUGAUAAUAUACAUUUUUUAUUUUCUUUGCAUGUUUGCACACAUAAAAAUAUUUUUUUUAAAAAUCAAGAUUUUGUUCUUCAAGGAAAGCAUUUCUUUAUUUAAGGUAUAACAUGCCCGCAGAGAGGAGCAGUUUACUCAUACCAUCACAGACACACCCACUUCCCUUAUGAGGAGGAGGAAAGAGAGGCCUGCAACAUAUUCUUUGUAUGGGAGAUGCUGCGGCCCCUUAUGAAGGGUGUCCCCAUGUACAUCAUGAGCAACCAUGUGGUGUACGACCCCCCGCUGCUGUGCGAGUUCCUGGCCAAGCACAGGAUCACUAGAAUGCUGUUCACCCCCAGUCUACUUGAAACGGUGGUCAACACAAUACCACCUGAUACCCUCAAGGAGUCCUUCAAAACUGUCAGGUAAAAACUAAGAUUGGGCUCUGCCAUUUCUGGUCACACAAGCAGACCUAUUUACUCUAACGAGUUUGGCGUACAAUGUACGAUUUUGAGGUGUAUACAUUAUAUAUACUGUAUAUUUAUUUUUUACUAAUAAAUAUAAAGUAUAGAACAAUUUUGUGAUAAUAUUGUACGAUUUUAAGAGUUUGAGGGUAAACAGUUCUGCACAAGCAAAGAUAUUCAUUGAUAGAGCUAAACAUAAUUAUGGGUUAAUUGAAAAUAAGUUUUUCAAGAUGGGUGAAGUUUAGUUUGAAAUUCAUACUACAUAGAAAAUGCUUUUUAUUUAUUUAGCUCUGAAAAUUAAUUUCCUGCAGAGCAAGUAUUGAUGUAUGUGAAAGUAUUAUUUUAUGGUAUAUUCAUGUAAAAUGAAUGCACAAUCUAUAUAGAAUCUGUCUCUAGACAGGUAUGGUUCUGUGGUGAAGUAGUGACAACCUCCCUUCUAGAUCGUUCUAUGACAAACAUGCCCUGGAUACGGUUCAUCAACCUGUACAGUAUAUCAGAGUGCCAUGAUGUUGCCUGUGAGGAUUUGAGUCAGUACUACAGAGAUUUUAAGGUAAAACUUUUGUGCCGUUGUUUUAAACUCUUUCCUCACGUGAGGUUUCUCUGCAUUUUGACUGAAAUCAAAAUACAGGAGUCUGAAAAAUAAAUUCAUGUACCAGACAGAAAACAUACACUAACUUAAACACAAAUAACCUGAAUACUUGUUUUUGGUAGCCAUGGAAGAAAAUGAAAGGAGAGCUGAUAUUUACAACAUUUAUUAAGUAUGAGUUAGUUGGCAGUCGUUGGAACACAAACGUCACAGAAACGACCAACUUACCUCAGAAAUAGUUUUAUUUAGUCUAGGGGUGUGCCGGACCCCGGUCCGGAAUCCGGUUCCGCCGGAUUUUGCACUAUCCGGUGAAAUCCGGUUCCGCCGGAUUUACAUGUAUCCGGAACAACCGGAAUCCGGAAUAUACCGGAUUUCGGAAUUUGCCAGAUUUUGUGACUCACCGGAUCAUAAUCUGAAAUAAAAGUAAUUCUCUUUCCCGAAUUUCACACGAUCACGAUACAUUAAUCGAUUGUUUCGAGCGUUGAGCUUGUUUAAUGUUUAAUAUUCCGUACAUACCAGAGGCUAGAGUCAGCACCGCUAAUAGUGGCCAAUAGUGUAGGGACUUUGAUAAGAAAAUUUAAACUUUUUGUAAAAAUAAACCAAUGGCAUAGUUGAAAAGAUGUAAUUUUUUAAAGAAUUAUAACACCAAAAUCAUAUUUUUAGCUGUUGUAGUUUUAAAGUUAUGAAUUUUUAAAGUACGACUUGGUUUGUCAUUUUUUAACAUGGACUGCAUCUCCACAUUCUGUGAUCUCAUUCCACCAAUCCCGUCAUGCGCAAUGACUAUAUAGUUUAUAUAAGGCAACGCAUUCCCUGCCUUAUCACUAAAAUACUGUUUAGACUUAGUUUAAACUUUCAACUUUGGCACAUGAAUAAUUAAUUAAAGCUUUCCCUGACCAAUGGUUUAAUAGUUUUUGCACACGGCAAACUCUUAUGAAUGAAACUCUGAGGUAGUACUACGAUACAGUUAUGCAAGUGGCUGUGAAUGGUUGCCAAUGACAACGUGUUGCACACGGUAAAUUCUGAUCAUUUAUAAUAUGGAUUCUACCGGGUUGUUAAAGCUCAAAUUAAAACAUUCCAGUUUAAAUGUCUUUAAAUGCAUUCUGAAACACAAGUUAUCAAUUAUUUUGAUGUAAAUAGUGAUAAUAAAUUAAUAUUUCCUAAGUAUCGUCAACUUCCGCCAUUAAAAAGGGGGGCGUGGCCAACCCCAUGGCGAAAUUAGGUUGAGCGAGCUGCAUAACCUGCUGCGAACGCGUAGAAACAUGGCGUCUCUCGUAAGACACUUAUCCAAAUGGAACGGAACUCAAAUAUAUAUCGAAAGUACUAAUUUAAUAAUAAAUAGACACACACAUCGGAAAAUUAAAAACUCGGAUUUUUUGGCGCCGAUUGCGAAUUCCCAUACACAAAAAGUAGUAGUCCACCUUGACUUACCGAAGUAUCUACCAAUAGUACCAAAAUCCGGAAUCCGGGAGAAACCGGAAUCCGGAUCCGGCGGAUUUCGCAUAAGAAAAUCCGGAUCUGGUUGGAAAAAACGGAUCCGGCACACCCCUAAUUUAGUCUUCCCAUCACUAAUAUAAAUGGAAUAAAUGAUUCUCAGACAUGUUUCUUUAAUGGUACCUCAUAUUUUCACUUUUCCCUAACAGAAACAGGAGUGCCAGUUUAAUAUAUCAGUGCAAUAAAUAUGGAGAUAAACUGAGUAACACAAACAAAACAGAAAAUAGUAUCUCUAGGAUCUGUGUCUGUUUUAAAUACUAAGCAGUUUUGAAAGCCAGUAUAUUGGCACUCAGUAUGAAGAGCAUUAAAAAAAGGUUUUGGACCAAAAUGUGCUAAAUUUCAACAAUUACUGGUAUGUUUUAAAAAACUUAUCAGAAGAAUAUUUUGAAACCCUUUAAAUCUUUUUUGAAGCAUUUUAAAAAUAAAAAUGAUUAAAUCCUGUUUCAUAAAUAUUGAGACAUGUAAUUAAGGAAUUUUGACAUUGGUUUUAGCUUUCAGUCACACAACAAAACUGGUGACAUCUAGCCUAUGGCAUUUAAAUGUGACAUUCCUUUGACAGGAUUCCUUGAUGUCCAGGAAGUUUUGCCCAGUUGGCCAUAUCAUGGAAGGUGUGGAGAUUACCAUUUUAAAUAAAGAGGGCAAAGUUCAGCCUGUUGGAAUGUCUGGAGAGGUCAGUAUUUAUUAGGAUUUAGUUCUGUUAGCUUAUGUCACAUUCAGUUGCAGAAAACACUGUUACAGGCUGAGUGAGAGAAAGCAAUAAAAUAAUGGAGCCAAUGAAUUUAGCGGGGGAAAGAUAGACAAAAUGUGUUAAUAUAGAUUGCAAUUGAUAAAUUAAAAAAUCAGAGGCGUAGCGUGGUGGGGGCAGGGGAGGACAGAUGUCCCCGGGCGUCCCCGGGCGCCAGCUAGUUAGGGGCGCCAAAUUGUGCUUUGAUAUUAUUUUAUUGAUGAAAAUAAUGGGUUUGAGAGUUGAAAAAAAGAAAAGGGGCGCUAAAAAUGGAUCUUGUCCCCGGGCGCGAAUCUUGUCCCCGGGCGCCAAACACCCUCGCUACGCCACUGUAAAAAAAUACAUAUUUUGCUUCUUUAAAUAUGUGCCUAUGCACAUCCUAUGUCUCACUGUAUGCACUAGACAUUUCAUUGCAUACAUACUUCAGAUGUCAAAGUGACACUAAAAUAUGAAACAUCUCUUUAAAACUAUAGAUGUAAAAUAUUGGUCUGAGGUUACAGUAAUAGACUUAUCAAAUUUAAAGUUUCAAUUUCAAGGUAAUUUAAGAACAUUUUAAAUCUGCUAAUCCUAGCAGAAAUAACAUUUUAAAUCUGCUAAUCCUAGCAGAAAUGACAUUUUAAAUCUGCUAAUCCUAGCAGAAAUAGUCUUCAGUUCAAAUGAUCAAUAUUUUUUAUUGCUUAACAAAUUUAUCUCUUUUAAUUCAAGUUUUCAAGUAACAUUCCAAAACUUUAAUCAUAAGUUAGGAAGUGAACAAAAUGAAUUUUUUAAAGUAACAGUCAAUUUAAUUAAUUGCUGUUAGUAAAUUAGUCUUGCAGCAAUUUUAAACAAAACAGAAACUGGAAGCAAAAUAAAUAAGAAAGUAAAUCACUUCUGAUUUCUUAUACAGUAACCAGAAUUUCUUUGUUCCACUCAGAUCUAUGUCAGUGGACCAACACUGGCCAGGGGUUACCUUAAUCGUCCAGAGGUCCAGAAACAGCGAUUUGUUUUCAUGGAUGUAGAUGGCCAGAAUAAGUGAGUUCCAAGUUUGUACAGAGAAAAACUGCAGGCUCAAAACUAGUUGUAGAGUAAAAUUUUAGUUGAAUGUUAAAUAUAAAAUGUAUUGAAUUCUUCAUACAACACAAUUUGGGGAAAUAUUUUAAAAGUAUUUAGUGUUUGCGAGCCUUAUGCAGGAAUUUUGAACAUGUUACAUCAACAAAAUAACAGUCCUUUUUUUAAUGAAUUUAAAAAUCUAAUAAUCAAAACAGGAAGAAAAAAAGAUUAAAUGAAGGAACAGCAUUUUAGCAGAUAAGUUAUAUACAUUCUUAACAUAGCAGAUAAGUUAUAUACAUUCUUAACAGUGUCACCAAAAUGUUCACAACUAUACAAUACAAUAUUUUUUUUAAUUAUCCCUGCUGCCAUGGCUAGGCGCAUGUACCGUACAGGAGACUGGGGCUAUAUGUUGUCUGGUGGCAGUCUAGAGAUAUGUGGACGUGUGGAUUCUAUGGUGAAAAUUAGAGGCUACUCUAUAGAGGUUCAGGUCAGUUUCCAUUUGGAAUUUAAAGUUGUAUGUUUUACUGGAUUAUGCUGCUGGGCUCACAAUCAAACAAUGAAAUUUUAUGCGGUAAAAAAUUAUGAGCUGUGUUUGUUAUAUCAAUAUUAGAAUACUGUUACAUCCUAUUGGCAGUAAAUGUUUUUUGUAAAUUUUUUACAUAAUAUUAAAAUUUUAACUUUACCCUUUAAGGUAAAUAUAUUUAUAUUUUGAAAAGCUUAACAUAUAUUUUUCACUAGUUAUUUCCAUGAGUGCUUUUGAACAAGCUCACAGCAAUGAGGAUGUAUUGGUGAAUAGAUUUUUGACAAAACAAGAUGAAAUUGCAAAACAGCUCAUAAUGUGCAGUGUCAGUUAAAUUUAGAUUGGUAUGUUAACUUUACUAUAGAUGCAACCAUUUUUGUUCUGGUAAAGUUAUCAUCUUUCUGAAAUAUGCUGUUAUAGUUAUCAUCUCUGCAGUAUGCUGGUAUAGUUAUCAUCUCUCUGAAAUAUGCUGGUAUAAUUAUUAUCAUCUCUGCAGCAUGCUGAUAUAGUUAUCAUCUCUCUGAAAUAUGCUGGUAUAGUUAUCUCUCUGCAGUAUGCUGGUCAAGAUAUGCUCUCUCAGCAGUAUUCAUUUGUUACUUAUUCUGGCAAGCCAAUUUAGAGCCUAAAUUACUUAUAAAUAAAACAUUUUUUUUUAAACAAUAGGCAGUAGAGUCUUGUUUACUGUCCCUACCCAUGGUCAAAGCUUGUGUUGUCCUAGUGCGAGGUGACGAAGGUGACGACAAGUUUCUUGUGGCGUAUAUCGUCAGUGAAAGGGAAACUACCAAAAAAGAGGUCAGAGCAGAACUGAAAAAGAGGCUGCCGUUUUAUAUGAUCCCAUCCUACUUUCUGUUUCUCCAAAGGUGAGAGGUCAAACACCAUACUACUCAUUUCUGCCAUAUCAACUGCAUGUUUUAAAUAACAUUUCAAUACUCAUCCCAUGAUUAUAAUAAACUGAAUACUGGCAACCAUUUCAGCAUUCCUGUGGUAGCAGCCACUGGCAAGUUGGACAAGUCAGCAUUGCCAGAUUUUAACUCUCAGCAAAUGGAAGGUGUAGGCUCAGAAGGGAGACCUUCCACAGUGACAGAGGUCGCCCUUGCUGAAAUCUGGAUAGAAGUUCUGCAGCUGAAAGAGGUUGACAUUCAGGAAAGUUUCUUUGACCUGGGCGGGUAAUAACAAAAUUUGGUAUUACAGAAUCUAGUCAUUGAUUCCAUAUCAUCAUUCGUGUCUUAGUUAAACAUAAACUGGUCUAUAAAUAUUGUAUAAUUAGCUUUCAUGAACUUCACUGUAUAAAUAGCAUUUUACAAACUUUUGGCUUGGCUUUAUUAGAAAGAGAAUAGUUUUACCAACUCAUUGAAAACACAUUCUAUACUUUAUCUGUUAUUCAACAUUGCAUAUUUGAUCUAUUAUUCAACAUUCCACAUUUGAUCUAUUAUUCAACAUUCCAUAUUUGAGCUAUUAUUAUUUAACAUUCCAUAUUUGAUCUUUUUAUUCAACAUUCCAUAUUUGAUCGUUUUAUUCAAAAUUCUAUAUUUGAUCUUUUGUACAUAAAAUUAGAUCUAAAUUCUCUUUACAUUCAGUUUGUUCCAGAUUUUUAAAAAAUCUGACUUAAAUUUGAAUGUUAAAAAUAUUGCUAAUAAUUUUUCUCAAAUUGUCCAUUCAUACACUGCACGUUUACUAUUGCAGACACUCUCUUAUGGCCACAGAACUCCUGCAGAGGGCCAGAAAGAAGUUCAAGGUUAACCUAUCUGUACGUGACCUAUUUCUGUACCCAACAGUUGCCAGCCUGGCCAAACUCAUCGACGCCCGUUUGUUCAGCCAGGGCUCGGGUGACUCCAAUGGUGCAGUGAACGGGGAAGCUGUUGAGCCUCAAGUUGACCUCAGGGCGGAGGUCAUGCGUCAUGACCAGGGAGUCACAAAGUAAGGCCCUUGCUCAGGUAUCUCAACUCUGAAGUUGUUUGUUUUUCUCUAAUUUUUUAAAGCACUGGAAAACAUCCUUGUGUGGUUCAAAUAAGUAAAAAAUCUGCUUCAAAGUUAAUGCUAUUUUGUUGGGGGGUUCGUGGGAGAUGCUGAUCUUCUAUCGAGCGCCUCCCCAGCCGGCGGAUAGGGGAAAGCCCACCAGAUAUGGAGGGUACCGGGGAUAUAAAAUACCCGGGGUGGACCAAAAUCAGCCCUACUGCCUUGUAGGAAGUGGAGGGAUCCACAAAGGCUAGGGACCUAACCCGAACAAAGGCAGCUACCCAUUGAGCUGUGAGGGGCAACCCCCCAAGUGGUUGUGCGCAAGGCCAACAACCUUGCCAUGUAAAAAAUCAUAGUUACAAAAGCACCGAAAUGCUAUUUUGUUGGGGGGUUUUUUUGUUACCAAAAUAUGCUUGCCUGAAUUGAGCUUAGUUCUCAUCUCAUCUUUUAUGACUUUAGGGUUAACAUUUCUGCCUUUCUACCGCCAUGUGUUACAGAUCUAGUCAGUUUAUGGCACUGAGCUAACCGCUGUUUUUCCUGUUUUUCAUUUAGUCUAGACAUGCAGCUGCGUGCUUUCUGGAGGACAUUCCAACAUGGCCACCAUUUCCACCGGGGUCGUGUACUGCUGACGGGUGCAACAGGAUUCCUGGGAUCUUUCAUCUUGAAAGAAUUGCUGCUACAUACCAAGGUAAACAACAAACAAUCAGAUUUUAACUCAAACUAAGGAAGUACUGUGAGUGAACAUAACUCAAACUUAGGAAGUACCGUGAGUGAACAUAACUCAAACUUAGGAAGUACCGUGAGUGAACAUAACUCAAACUUAGGAAGUACCGUGAGUGAACAUAACUCAAACUUAGGAAGCACCGUGAGUGAACAUAACUCAAACUUAGGAAGUACCAUGAGUGAACAUAACUCAAACUUAGGAAGUACCGUGAGUGAACAUAACUCAAACUUAGGAAGUACCGUGAGUGAACAUAACUCAAACUUAUGAAGUACCGUGAGUGAACAUAACUCAAACUUAGGAAGUACCGUGAGUGAACAUUUUCAGUUUGAUCUGCUCUUGGCAGUAUAAAAAAAAAAUUGUGAUAUUUCAGUUGGUUGUCUACUGCCUGGUCCGUGAACUGCCCCAGAGGUCAGCCCUUGAUCGCAUUCAAAGCACACUCAGACAGUAUGGUAUAUUGACCACUGACAAAUCGACCGAGACAGAAGAACAAGCCCAGCUGGAGGAAGCUCUGGCCCAGAGGGCAACUGCACUAAGAGGUGAAGUGAUGAGUCAGCAAGUACAUGAGCCCAUUGUCUAAAUUAAACUAUGUGUUUAGUACAUGGAUUUCUUCUUCUAUCUGUAUAAUAUAAACAAAGUGUUUAGAACAUGGAUUUCUACUUCUAUCUGUUAAGAAAACUGUUAAAUAAAUUGAACCUACUCCUAUGAAUAUUUGAUCUAUUUGUGAAACAAAGAGACACAAAAAAAAACAACAGAUUCAGAGUUUUCAAUAUCAGAAAUGUUCAGGUUCUUCAACAUUGAUCAAUUGAACACUUGGAAAUUUUAAAAGAAUAAUACUUAUAGUGGAUAAAUAGUGGAACCAUAUAUUUUUAUGCUAGUAGCAGAAAGUUUAUGGUGAUGUUCCCCUUGUAGAAUGUUUUUAACAAAUUCCUCAAGACACAAAGAAGUUAAUGAAGAUUUAUUGAAUACCUAUAAUUUUACAUUUGACAUAAUUUUCAGUUGACAAAGCAAUGCCAUUAUUUUGUACUCUCCCCCAAUGUCUCCAAUUCUAUGCCAUCACAUUAGAUUGGAUUUUUUGAUCCAACAGGAAAUGUAUCUCUCUUGCGCCUGGGUUUAAGUGAAGAAGACUACACCUACUUGUGCACUGACAUUGACUUUGUCAUCCAUUCGGCAGCUUCAGUCAACCUGGCUUAUCCAUACAGUGUAAGUGAACUACAGGUCAGGCUUAUGUUUACCCUGGCUUAUCCAUACCGUGUAAUUGAACAACAAGUGAGGCUUAUGUUGACCUUUGUUAAUCAUGGAUAGAGAUCAGACACUUAAAACUGUACUGACCAUUUAAUAAAAGUCCUCUGACACUGAGGUAAAUGCAUGAAAUAAUUUUUUUGUGCCUGUAUUUUAAUAUUUAAGAAAGAAGAAGCACACAGCGGGAACUGGGACCUUGCUGCUGUUAGGAUGAUUUUGGAAUUAACAUUUCUGUUCAUAAAGUCAGAUACCGGGUAUUAAAACUAUUACCUUAUAUGACAAAACAGAAAAGCAAUCUUUGCAAUAAGGAGAGCGCUAAAUCAGUGUCAGCUGAUUUUAAGCAGAGUUGAAGAAUUGCAUCAAUGUCAGCUGAUUUUAAGCAGAGUUUGAAGAAUUGCAUCAAUGUCAGCUGAUUUUAAGCAGAGUUGAAGAAUUCCAUCAAUGUCAGCUGAUUUUAAGCAGAGUUGAAGAAUUGCAUCAAUGUCAGCUGAUUUUAAGCAGAGUUGAAGAACUGCAUCAAUGUCAGCUGAUUUUAAGCAGAGUUGAAGAAUUCCAUCAAUGUCAGCUGAUUUUAAGCAGAGUUGAAGAACUGCAUCAAUGUCAGCUGAUUUUAAGCAAAGUUGAAGAAUUCCAUCAAUGUCAGCUGAUUUUAAGCAAAGUUGAAGAAUUCCAUCAAUGUCAGCUGAUUUUGAGCAGAGUUGAAGAAUUCCAUCAAUGUCAGCUGAUUUUGAGCAGAGUUGAAGAAUUCCAUCAAUGUCAGCUGAUUUUGAGCAGAGUUGAAGAAUUCCAUUUCUCUAAUUACAAUUUUUACCUUCUGAAGUUUGCUUUCCAUUUUAAAAAUAAAUAUUUCUUGCAGGCCCUGCACGGACCUAAUGUGAUGGGCACAGCCAAUGUGAUACAAUUUGCCUCCACAGGAAAGGUCAAGGCCCUUCACUAUAUAAGGUGUGGAAUUUUUUAUUUAUUAUUUUUUUUUUUUUAAAUAGCUCAAAUUAAUCACUAGUACUUUUUGACAAAAUUCACCUCUGACCUAUCCAGAUAAAUUCAUAGUCAAACUUGUGUUCUAGCAAAACAUAAACUAAUUUGAGUUUGUUGGGAUCAGUUGAGUUUGUUGUGAUCAGUUGAGUUUAUUGGGAUUGGGGUCAGGGCUGAUACACAAUAAAUUCUUAAAAAUUAGUCCUCUAUAAUAUCUUUUCUUAAAACUCACCAUUAUGUAUGUAUCCUUGGCAGCACAAACGGAGUUUUCCCCCACGGCAUGCACAAGUGUAAGGAGGAUGCUGACAUCACCACAUUUGUUGAGAAGCUGACUGAUGGGUAUUCCCAGUCAAAAUGGGUGGCUGAGCAGUUGGUAUCGAGAGCCAGAGAUCGAGGUCUUCCCGUAACGAUUUACAGACCAGGUACUUUUUUUCAAUUUGUAUCAAUAUUGCUCAAAGCAAAGGGAGGUCACUUUAAGGGGGAAAAAAAAAAAACUAUCAAAGAAUGAAACAUAUAAUUAGACCAAUAAGAAGGAACUUUUCAUGAAAUAAAUCAAAAGAAAUUUAUUUCCUAAAAAGUCUAUUCUAUUUGGAAUAUAAAGUAGAUUAUAUGAGAAAAUGGAAGUUGAUUAAAGUCACAUAAAAUCAUAUGUUAUGCUAAUGAUUAAUUAGGAUUUCCUUAAAAUAUAUUUUCAUCAGUUUAUUUAAUUUUAUUUUAUUGUUGAAUCUUGUAAAUUUUUUUGAUUUCACAUAUUGGUUAUUCCUGACCAGAAAUUUGACAGUUUGCUGCAAUGUCUGUAAAUUCAAAAAAUAACAUUGGCUUUGGUCUGUCCUACUAGGCAACCUGUCAGGUGAUUCCAAGAAGGCCCACUGGAACCCCCAAGACUUCACCUUGUUGAUACUGCAGGCAUGUGCCAGGACUGGCUUGGCUCCAAAUCUAGACUGGAACAUGGAGAUGACCCCUGUGGACUUUGCAGCCAGUGUUAUUGUUAAACUGACCCAAAACCCAGACUGUGCCCUGGGCAAAACUCUGCACCUGGUCAAUGACAAACCUAUGAAAUCCAAGUAAGAAAUUUCCUACUUAUAAUAUAGUAUUUAUUUUGAACUGACCAGGAACGUUGAGAAAACCGUAUCCCAUUGAUCGACGGAAAAUUGAUCGACGGAAAUUUUGUGUCAAAUUUCAUUUUUUAACGCAUUAUUUUGUUUUACAAUAUAGUAUAGUGCGUUCAAAAAGAAAUUUGCCUAAAAUUUAAUCAUAUUAACUGAAAAUAAAAAUUCUACCAAACUUCUGUUAGAUCAAAUUUCCGUAGAUCAAUUUUCCGUUGACGCAAUUUCUUUCAAACAAAUUUCCAUCAACCUAUGAAAACAUCUUUAUCACUGUGGUGCCCCCCCCCCCCCCCAAAAAAAAAAAAAUACUUUCUCAUCUAAAACCUGCUACUUUGCAGCUGGCUCCCUAAACAUCAGCCUCAAAGGGUUAACACCACAAACAUCAUUUCAUAGUUGGUGACAUGUAGUCAUUUAACAGACUCAAACACUAUGUGUAACUACUAAUUGUGUGAUUGUGCUUUAUUGAUCCAAGGACAGAAUACAAUUUCAAAUGCCCUCAUCAGUCAAACAAAAACUGCUUGAAUUUAAAUUAAAAUGUGUCCCACCUAUGAAAUAAAAGGUAAAAGAGGAAAAAGGGCGGACACAAGUCCUUCACAACAACAGCUUGAAGUUUAUCACAGGUCCAAACCCUUUAUAUUUUGUUUAUCAUUUAAUAAGAAUGUAAUUCUAAGAUAAUAUUCAGUUUUCAUUUCUUGUCCUUCUCUAGACAAGUGUUUCAAUGGAUGAACAGUCACGGGUAUCCCCUACAACUCCUGGACUUUGAUCUGUGGAAAACAAGGUAUAACACCCGUUCCUAAUUCUACAAUUCCCAUGAUGAUUGACAGAAGAGUAAAAGGACGGGGGAGGGACGUUGCUACAAUUUUGAAUGUCUUAGCUAGUUUUAGGAUGUCAAUGGGAUGUCUGGAAUCUUAUGGACACAACUAAAACCUGCUUCUGAAGUUAUCCUUAGAAUUUUAUUUCUGUUUCUCAUAACUAUCAGCGUUCUCUAAGUCUGUGGCCCAAUUUCUCUACAGAGUUAUAGAAGAGCUGGCAUCCAGCAAUGAGUCAAGUACUCCCAGCAUUGAAGCAAUGACGCCCGUGCUAGAUUCUUACAUCAGGUAAGGACAACCUGUUUUAAAAAAUACAAUUUUAACUUACACACACCAUGUCUAUCCGGUUCAACUUCACCAAGCUGAGCCCCCGCAUGAACUGGUGCAUUGUCAAGGUUACUAAGUCAAGAUGGAAAUAUUUGUGAAGACGAUGACAGAUAAUUUUGAUUUUUUAAAUUUCAGGGCUUCUCAUUUCCUGACCGAUUUGAGCACAUUCAGCAAUGAAACCCUUCAAAAGGUUCUCACAGAACUAGGAAUGUUGUACCCUUACACUGAUGCCCGUUUGCUACGCACAUAUUUCUCAGAAUUGUCCGGGCGAAAUGUCAUUGGGAGAAGAAAGAGCACAAGCUGUGAGUAGUUCAACUCUAAGUAAAUUUUACUGAAUGGACAAUGUGAUCAUUUAUUGAAACAACACAUUUAGCUAUUAAGAUUUUUAAAAUUCAGUUGGAAUUCAUCAGCAAUAAUUUGAAACAACUAGAUCUUCUAUUAACUUUACAUUGAAACAGCUAGAUCAUGUAUUGAUUUUACAUUGGAACAUCAAGAUCUUGUAUUGAAUUUACAUUACAACAAACUUGAUCAUGUAUUGAUUUUACAUUGAAUCUAGAUCAUGUGUUGACUUUAGAUUGAAACGGCUAGAUCAUGCACUGCUUUUACUUUAAAACAACUAGAUCAUUGCAAUUUGGAAUUAAGGUUUUGAAAUUAAAAUAAAAGUUUUCAUUUUUCAAAAAAAUAUCAUUGUAAUAAAAUGUUAAAAUAUUUGGUUUAAAGCCUAUAUUAUAUUUAAAUACAAAGUAUCUUUAAUUUAAAAAAAAAGGUUGUCCUAGAACCUGGUUGAGUUUAUAAAGGGGAGCUAAAUGGUGUCAAGUAGGAAAAUUAAUUCCAAAAUUAUAGAUGUAGGAAAAGCCAUACGAAUGCAGCCAAAAUUACUACAGUUUUUUUAAGCAGCACCCACACUCAUAAAGAUACUGAAAGGAAAAAGUUUCAAACUGAUAAAGUUAAAAUCCAUUACAAGUAACUGACUCUGUUUGGUUCCUCACAAUAUUUGUUUUAGAUUCAUUGUAAGAUUUGAGUUAUCUACAGUUAGUUGUGUCCGUCAAGACUCACGAUCUUAUUUUUCACAGUAACUAUACAUAUUAUUUCACUUCCUGUAAUCCUGGUUUUGGAAAAUCCAACUCCCGGCAAUAACAAUGGCGAUCACUUAAGUUUUUAACUAGUUUCUAUUUCUUGUCAUAUUUUCAUUUGCCCUGUCUGCUGAAGAAGCGUUCUCAUCUUAUUGUCCUGUCUUUCGAUUCAAGCUUCCACAUACGUUGUCCUACUAUUUCCUUGAGUUAUAUCCAGCUGGUGACUCUGCAGCUGCACAUGUAAUGAAUUUAAUAAAAGAAUUGAUUUAUCACACCACACUUCUUUCUUCCCAGUGACUCGUCCUUUAGAGGGCAGGGUCGCUAUAGUUACCGGAGCCUCUAGUGGGAUAGGCCAGGCCAUAGCCAUCGUCCUUGCUGGUGCCGGUGCCAAAGUGGCAUUGGCUGCCAGGAGUGAUCAGGCCAUGCAGGACACUGUGAAGAGUAUUAAAGAUGACGGCGGAGAGGCCAUCGCCGUCAAGACAGAUGUAACAGACAGAUCUCAGGUAAUUCUAAAGUUUGGUCAGUUCUUGUGAGUCAAUAGAAAACUGCAGAGCCAUUUCUGGCCUGAGAAAACAUUUACAAAUUUUCAUAUUAAAUAUUUUUGCCCUUCUUUGUUAUUAACCAUUUAUUAAAUGUUCAAAAUGUAUUCUUUACAAUAAUGUAUGAGAGAAAAUAAAACCAACAUCAAAUUAUGUUGUUAUCAUUAUUAACCAUAAUAAAAACAAGGCAGCAACAUAUUUUUCUUGAUGUAAAUUCUGAGGUCUUAUGUUUGUCUACAUUUUUUUUUUUUAAAAAGGGGGGGGGGAAUAAUAUACGUUGUAUUUAUCAACUUGAAAAAUGGCUUCUGGCAAAAUGGAAUUUAAAACCAAUCAAUGCGAGAAUUACCAGUAAUUUGCUUAUACAAAUUCAAGCCAAACCAUGCAAUAAUUGUAAAAAAAAAUAUUUGUCUGUUCCUAAUUGUUGAAUCUUGAUUGAUUUAACAGGUGAAAGCUUUGGUCAAACACACAGAAGCAAGUCUAGGUGCAGUGGACAUUCUGGUCAACAAUGCAGGAGUCAUGUACUACACAUUGAUGAAAAAUCUCCAUGAAGACGAGUGGGACAGACAGAUAGAUGUCAACUGUAAGGUAAGACUGAGGAUGCCAUGAGUGUCAACUGUAAGAGAAGACCGACAAUUCCAUGAACGUUUUUAUUAAAGAGCCGGGCUGUCAUGAAUGAUAUUGGUGCAGUGCUUGAUGGGAUGUUAACUUUUGUUUCAGGGUGUCAUGAAUGGUAUUGGUGCAGUGCUUGAUGGGAUGUUAAAACGAGGACGGGGCCACAUUGUCAAUAUAUCCUCAGAUGCUGGGAGAAAGGUUUGUUCUAUGCCCAGUGUUCAUUCAAGCAUGCUAUCAUUACUUUCUGUGAUGUUACUCAUUACUUUCUGUGAUGUUACUCAUUACUUUCUUUGAUGUUACUCGUUACUUUCUGUGAUGUUACUCAUUACUUUCUGUGAUGUUACUCAUUACUUUCUGUGAUGUUACUCAUUACUUUCUGUGAUGUUACUCGUUACUUUCUGUGAUGUUACUCAUUACUUUCUGUGAUGUUACUCAUUACUUUCUGUGAUGUUACUCAUUACUUUCUGUGAGCUGGUAAAGAGCACAACUGUUUAAUUUAUUAGCUCAUUUUAAAUGAAUGCUUAGAGGUGAUUGAAGGUACAUUAUAGUAGAGUCCUUAGAGGUGAUUGAAGGUACGUUACAGUAGAGUCCUUAGAGGUGAUUGAAGAUACGUUAUAGUAGAGUCCUUAAAUGUGAUUGAAGGUACAUUACAGUAGAGUCCUUAGAGGUGAUUGAAGGUACGUUAUAGUAAAGUCCUAAAUACCUUACCUAAACCGGAUCAAUGUGAGUUUGACUUAUAGGGAAUCAAUGAUUACCCACAACUGUCAUAAACAGGUUGAGAAGUAUAGAUCAAAAAGAUUUGUUUGCAGAACAUGUGCCCUUCCCAGCUACUGCUUCAGGGGUGCGCUUACAUGGGCUCUACAAGAGAUAUAAUGUAUCUUGACAUCAACAGCUAUAAGGAGCAGUUUAUGUUUUGUGUAGAGCCGCAGAGUGUGGCUGUUUGUCAUGUAAAGAUAAUUAUAUGUGAUCUAUUUGUUUUAUGAUUUGAAAUUUACUUUAAAAACUACUGUGAAUUUAACAUUUCCAGGCUUUUCCUGGCUUGGCUGUGUAUACUGGCACCAAGUUCUUUGUUGAAGGAAUGUCUCAAGCCCUGAGACACGAGGUCGCUCAUACUGGGGUCAAGAUCACAACUGUACAACCCGGUGAUGUUCAAACAUCACUUGGUGCCACAGCUACUGAUACAGAGGUCAGUGAUAUUUUUUUUAUAAGAGUACAGUGCUCAGCAUUUUUUCUGCUAUAGAUGAUAGAAUUCAGCCAUCAAUAGCAUAUAAGUAAAUUAAGGAAAAUCUGUAUCACUGCUGCACAUUUUUUGUUCACUUGUUGGAAAAUUGAAAUAAAAUAACUACCGGAAAAAGAUACAGGCAUAUUUUGUGAUAUAAUUCCAAUAUUCACAAUUUUUUAUUAGGAUUACAUAACUAUUUAUUAAUAAUGGUUUGCCAAAAAACUGAAUCAGCAUUUUACUUCACUGUCUAAUGUACAUAUUAGUUUUUUUUCUCAUCAACUGAAUGAUAAUAUGAACAAGGUUGAGGUUAAUGUUUGUUGCCAUUUUGGUUAGAAGUGUUUGUACUAAAAGCAAUCUUCUUAAUUUUAGAGGUAUUUUAAUGAAUAGAAUGCACAGCAUUUUUGUGGCAAGUGAAUUAUUUUAUUCUAAUAAAAACAUGUCUCUUUGCUUGUAUUUUUUGUUUUUGUUUUUUAAGUUUAUGAUUCGUAAACGGAAUAAAACACUAAUAGAAAUUUGUUUAAAGACCAUAAUUUGUUUCACACAGGCGCUUACGAUGUACGGAGGUGUUGCAAAACAUCAGUUUCUUGAUUCCAACGAUAUAGCCAGAGCUGUGUUGUAUGCCGUCUCCCAACCCAGGAAUGUGGCCAUUAAUGAAAUACUCAUUGAGCCCAGGGAGGCACCUGUGUAAUGGAACACAGAUGAAUCCAGGAUUGACCAGGGGCAAGAAGUUGAUCAAUCAUUUAUUCUGUUAGUAUGUUUUCUUUUGUCACCUUAAAAUGUACUGCAAUAAAUUGGAGUUUAAAAAUAGCCAGCAAAACAACUCUCUCUUGUGGGAAAUGGUUUAAUGAAAUGUUCAGAGAUAACUGUUUAAACCAAUGUUUCUCAACCUUCCUAAUGCCGUGACUCUUUAAUACAGUUCCUCAUAUUGUGGUGACCCCCAACCAUAAAAUUAUUUUCAUUGCUACUUCAUAAAUGUGUUUUCUGAAGUUCUUAUGCACAGGUUGAGAACUUCUGGUUUAAACAGUAAUUCCUCCUGAUGGUACAUUCAGCUGAUAACUUUACAGUAUCAUUCCCCACUUAUUUUUGUUAAUUCAAUGAUGUUAGUUUUAUUUGUUGUUCUUAGAUUCCAUGUUUACAUUUCUGUUGUAUCUUUAAGAUUUACUUUGAGCUCUUUGUGGGCCUUUUUAACUUUUUUAAUGUACAUUUUUGGUCCCCUUCCCUGCUAUUAAUAUAAAAAUCUGAUUUUAAUUACAGAAAGUCUCUUUGUUUUGUUUUUUUUGGUAAGUUUUUGUGGGCUUCAAGACUUAUGUUGUGGUCCAUGGGCACCCGCAGAAAACUUUCUUGGGG